CUCUACGUGAUCCGACCCGACCUGAGUGGUUAUUGAAAAUUUGUGAUGCACAACUAACAUGAUAAUCUUCGUCAUCAGAAACAUCGUGUUGUGAGUUCUGAAUCUGAAGAUGUCUGGAACUGCGAUAGUGAUAGGGGCAUCAAGCUCAUGGGCUCGGGCGUUGGUCAAGAUUUCGCCCUAUACGUUUUCGGCCAUCGGAAUCGCUAUAUCGAUCGGCGUUUCUGUCCUUGGUGCUGCUUGGGGAAUUUACAUUACAGGAAGUAGUUUGAUUGGUGCUGCCAUUAAAGCCCCACGCAUUACCUCCAAAAAUCUAAUCAGUGUAAUUUUCUGUGAAGCUGUUGCUAUAUACGGAGUGAUUGUAGCAAUCAUUCUUCAAACAAAACUGGAAAGUGUCCCAGCAUCACAGACAUAUGCACCGGAAUCCAUGAGAGCAGGAUACGCAAUAUUUGCCUCAGGAAUCAUUGUGGGCUUUGCAAAUCUUGUGUGUGGGUUAUGUGUUGGAAUAAUUGGAAGCAGCUGUGCUUUAUCAGAUGCACAAAACUCAUCCCUUUUUGUGAAGAUUUUGGUGAUAGAAAUAUUUGGAAGUGCUCUUGGAUUGUUUGGAGUAAUCGUUGGGAUUAUAAUGUCUGCUCAAGCAACAUGGCCUACUAAUGUGUGAGUCACAUUCACACGUUCACCAUCUCUUUCUUGUAUCUGUAUGCAAAAAAAAAAAAAAAAAAAAAAAUGUUAUUCAUUAUUUUGAUCUCUACUGCAUUUACUAUAUAUGAUAUCUUAUGUUUGUUUGUU